AGUUCUUGCUGUAAUUUCUCUUUCCACCUGCAGUCCUCUUUAUAUUUGAUUUGCUGUUUGUAUUUCAUGGUCUGUCAGUGACAUAUAUCAUUCUGACAGACACUGUCAUGUGGGACUGAGAGCACUGGAGUCAUGGAAUGAAGUGCAAAAACAAAAUGGUCAAAUCACCUUUUUCCACCUUCCACAAAUCCAGUCAGCUCUUCAAAUGAUGCAUGUUUUCUAUUGCUAAAAAUAUACAAAAUCCUAUCCUAUAGCAGGGUAAGGAUUCUGUUUUGUUAAGGAUUUGGGGAUUUUUCUUAGAGAGAGAGAAAUUAGCAUUGCAUACUUGCUGUUUACAUAUAUGGAAUCUGAACUAGGACUUCGUGUUUAACACCUUUCUCUCGAGCUCCCCUAAUGCCAGAAACCUUAGCUACAAUAUAAAGAUUAGAAGUAACAAAAACCUCAUCAGAAAAAGGCAAUGGUGCAAUGGUGGCAGAUGACAAAAUGACAUCUGGUAGUGUUGGCUAUAUACAAAAAUAGCAGUGUGUGGGAGGGGAUAGAGGAACUGAAAGAGCUGAAAAAAACCCCCAAAAUCUUAACACCUGAAGCAACAAAUUAUUUACAGUUGUCCUUAGUUGGUAAUGAGCAUUUCAUUUCCCAGUGACAUGUUUAAACUCCUAACUGAAGUGCUGCACAUCCACUGCAGGCUCGUGUUGCUCUCUCCUUCUUGGUCUUCAUGUGGAAUCCCCUCAGCCUAGCUUUUAGCACUUUCCUCACUUCUGUGUAAAACACUUUUUUCUGUAAUCAGACCUUUUUUUCUUUACUUGAAUAUGCAGUUCUUGGCAACAUUUGCCUACUCUGCAGUGAAGUUCCCUCUUAGUUUUCUAAUGGGUUCUGAGAAAUCAGCUCAACUAUAACCACAAACAUACCUGUGUGAGUUCAUCUAGGUGUACAUGGAAACGUCCUACACCCAAAGUGCAGUGUGUGUCUCUGCUCUUUUUGUCUGUCUUCUCAUCAACUGAACUCCAUCUUGAGGAAACCACAGAACUGGUGAGACUGAGCUGCAUGAACUAAAGCCAAGAAAGCCAGGCUCGAGUUUAUUUCUUGCCUGGCCUGGAUCACUGUGCUCUUCACACUGAAGAAAGAAGCAAGGGGAUGGCAAACUGAAGAAAGGCAGGUGUAAUCUCCUUUGGAAAUGACAAAACUCUUAGGACAUCAGGAGCUGGAAGUGUUUUGAGCCUGUUCAAACAUGGAGCACUGGGAUUCACUUGGAUUUUUGAUAGUCACUCUCAACUAUAAUGUGACUAUUGUGGGGAAGAUCUGGCUGAUGUUAAUCAUCCUGCUGCGGAUGGCAGUGGUGGUGUUAGCAGGCUACCCCCUGUACCAGGACGAGCAGGAGCGCUUUGUCUGCAACACCCUGCAGCCAGGAUGCUCCAACGUUUGCUAUGACUUGUUCUCUCCCGUGUCUCACUUCAGGUUCUGGCUCAUUCAGACCGUGUCUGUCCUGCUGCCCUAUGCUGCAUUCAGCAUUUAUGUUUUGCACAAGGUAGCUGUGUACAUUGUCAGAAUGCACUGUCUGGUGCAUGGGUGCAAGAAGAACAAGGGUUUGUCAAGCCCUGAAGAUGUGAAGGAGCUCUGUAGAAGUGCAGUUGUCAAUAGAGAAGAUUGUGGUGCAGACAGCCUAAGUGUCCUUAAUUUUUCAGGGGCAUAUACCAUUCAUCUUUUUGUUAGGACGCUACUUGAGGUUGCCUUUGCAGCUGUGCAAUACUUUCUUUUUGGAUUUUUUGUUCCUGACCGCUUUUCGUGCUACCACUCACCUUGCACAAGCACUGUUGACUGUUACAUCUCCCGGCCCACUGAGAAAUCCAUCAUGAUGAUUUUCAUCUGGGGGGUCAGCAGUCUGUCCUUUCUGCUCAGCCUUGCUGAUCUCGUCUGUGCUCUCCAGAGAAUGACAGCAAGAAACCAAAAGAAAAAGCAGCUGGCAAAACUUUACACAGAGAAGGAGUGCAUGAUCUAUCUUCCCCCAGUCCAGCACAGUAGCUCUUCUCCACCUCAAAAUGGGGAUGGCCCAGUAGCAAACAGCUGCCAGACCAGUGAUGGCUCCUGCUCACUUCCCCCUGACGAGGAAGAAGAGGCUGUUCCUCAUCCUGGAGGUGUCCUUCAGCAAAGUGCCAGCACUAAGUGCUGUGUACCAGACCUUGCUGUCAAGCAGCAGAGCACUGAAGAGCCCUUGUGUGCCAGUGACCACCAAGGAACUCCCUGCAGCCAAGUGAGACCCAGGCUCCAGCAAGACUUCAUUAAAGAUGCUGCCCUGGCUUUGGGGCCUCAGAUUGAGUCUCCCCUUGGAGUUUCUUCCUCUGUUCUCCAGAGCAAGCUUUUAGGGUUCUACCCUACAGCUGAGCUAAAAAGCCCUGAUGCACAAUCGAAUUACAGCAGCACAAGCUGCCUGAGGUCAAAAAAGUCCGAAUGGGUAUAGAACCCAGAGUGAACACUGUGCUGUGACCUUGACAGGGCAAAUCAUUGCACCACUGAAGAGGCUUCAGAGAGUUUCAGCUGAAUCCCUUGGCUGUGCUUAUGCUGCAGAGACACUCUACUCCAUUAGAGAAGAAGCAAAAACUUUGGAUAAGAGUUUGAAGGGACAUGUUCUUUAGAAAAUGUGACAUCUUUGGUUUUUUUUGCAUGUAGAUGGUUUAAAAAGGCUGUGGACUGUCACUGAUGUGACUGACCUGGUUUUCCAGGAGUAUGUGUGAACACUUGUUUGUUCUAACCUAGUUUUAUUGCAAAAGAUUGAGCUUAGCAAAGACAGGUUGUCUACUCUCAGAAGCCUAAUUUAUCUCCUCAUACUAAAUUCUCAAAGCCCACUCUAAGACAGGAUAUUCAAGAAGACUAGGCAGUGAAUAAAAUAAAACCACUUGUUUUGUAGCAAAGUGUUAAUUUGUUAAAACCCCUGGAUCCUGUUUCUUGAAGGCAAUACCCCUCUCCCAGCUAGCAGUGCCUGGGCAGUACCUUCCUCUGACACUGAUGCCAGCUGCAGUCUGACCAUGCCUGAGGUAUUCAACUACAACACCUUCCAGUGCCUAAAGGAAAGCCAGAGGGGGACUUUCUACAAGGGCAUGUAGUGACAGGACAAGGAGGAAUUGCUUCAAACUGAAGCAGGGUAGGUUUAGAUUAGAUGCAAGGAAAAAUUUUUUUACUUGAUGGUGGUGAGGCAGUGGAAGAGUUUGCCCAGAGAAGCUGUGGAUCUCCUGGAUGUCCUAUGCCUGGAGGUGUUCAAGAUCAGGUUGGAUGCAGCUUUGAGCAGUCUGGUUUCGUGGAAAGUGUCUCUGCCUAUGGCAGGGGUAGUGGAAAUAAGUGAUCUUUAAUGUCCCUUCCAACCCAAACCAUUCUAUGAACUACAAUAACCUCCAAAACAGAGUGGCUGCAUCUACAUUAGCUGCUGGGCAUGGUCCUGUGCUUGGGAAUUUCUCAGGAGACAACAAGGAGGUGUGAGCCAGAAGGGUGUCAGGGAGUGCUCCACUCAGCUUGCCAGGGAUUGAGCAGCAAUGCCCAUGCUCUGGCUCCACUGACACAUCUUCAGGGUGUUACUCCUCAGCCUUAAAUAGUCACACUGGGCUCUCAAUUUCAGGAGGUGGGAAUGAAUCACCUGACCUGUUUUAGGGGUCUCUAAAGGUAAGAUGAGUCACUUUCUAGAUAUACCUAUUUCUCCCACAAUAUGAUUAUCUCAUCAUUAUCCCUGGGUUUAGGGAAAAUGGUUUUUCCCCUGAAAGAAGGAUAUAGGGGCAAUGUCUAUAUCAGAGUGCUCACCCUCUUUGUCUGACAGUUAUAAUGCUGGUAAUUUGAAAACAUGUCUAAAUUGAGUGAAUCACAGGAGAUUUUAUUACAGCUAUGCUUUGUGCUUUCCUUCAGUGUUAAUUCUGUCCCAUUUGCAUAAGCGUGGUCCACACUACAGCGCAGCAGAGCGUGAGAUGAAUUUUCUUUUAGCUACAAGUCAGUGGGGUUUGAAGGUUGCACAUACCUGCAGAUCAUCAGUGGGAGUGGAUGUGGAGGAGCAUGUACCUAGAGAAAUGUGCUGGUGGUAGAGUCUUAUAAAACAAAUUAUUCCGACGGUGUCAAGAACUGGUGUUUGUAGAUCCUGCUUGGUGCUGGAGUAGCUCCGAUGCUGUUUAGACCAGGCAAGGUUUAGCCUUGCUCUUGGGCUGCCACGUAACAAUUUUCUGUAAUAACUCAAGGGUUGGCUCCCAUCUGCAGGGCAUGAAGGGACAACAGCUUUCACAGUCUAGCUUUUCUCUCCUAUGGGUGCAGAAGUCUUCAAGACAGGCUCACCUGUGUAUUAUUUCUCGCAUGUAUAAGGUAAAGACUAGCAAUUAUCCCUUCUCUUCUGCAUUCCCCUAAAAUUAGGUGGCUUAAUAGGUAGACAGAACUGCUCUUGGGAUCAGAAGAAAAGUACUUUGGGAUCCUGAGGUAGGCUAUGGGCAUUUUUAACUACUACCUUCGAAGUAAGGGUUUCCUCUCCAUUAGCUCUGUUUGUUUCUUUUAUUGUGCAUGCUUGUUGUGUGAUUUGUCAUUUCCAGGGUAGAAGCAGCAUUAAUUAUUAAACUUAUCGUAGGCAGAAAAACAUUAAAUAUUUAAAGUUCUCAUCCUCCAAACCCUCUUUAAUGGGGUCUGUGCUGAUUACACAUGCCAUGACAAAACAUUGCAACAAUGAAACAUUUUAUGAUUCAUUGCAUCUUCUCAGAUGUGAGAAGGAAUGCGAGGAGCAAAUGUGGAUUCAGCCUAUUGCAUACAUCCCACAGCAUGAGAUCUAAAUAGGGUAGGAAAAAUAAUAAAUGCAUUGUGGCUGGACACAGUUUGGUUUUUUCUCUAUGGUUAGACAUUUUUUAAUGAUUGAAGAGUCUCAUUUGAAAUUGGAAAGAUCCUCUUUGUGUUUGAAAUCGAAAGUGAAAUUAGUGGAUGUCUUCAUUUGUCUGCAGAGACUGUGGCCUUUGGGUUGUGCUGCAUCUCUGCAAACCUGGCUGAUUUUGGGACUUGUGGGUCCAUUGAAACAUAAUUCAGAGUCAGUGUAAUAAGCACUUAAUGUGUUUGUAAAAACUGCAUAUUAAAGGAGAAAAACUUGGUAUGGAAUUUUCCCUAGGGAGUGAGUAGAAGCCUCUGGCAUCAACAACUUGCUCCUAGGGCAAUGACUCAGAGAUUUUACUGCUAUUUCUCCAAGUCACAGUUAUUAAUUACAAAGAUGCAGCAAGAUCAGCUGAUUUGUCAGCAAGGGAAGA